AUGGAUGAUGCGGGCUCGCCAGUGCCUCAGAUCGAGGAGCACAUCGGAGGUCUGCUCCCCCAGACCACGAGAAAGCUCAAGCAACCCAAAAAGCGGGUUUGGUUGCCGACAAGUGCUCGAAUGAUAGCAGCAAGGGAAGAUCACAUCAAGCCUUCGUUUCCUUCCGACGGGCUUGUUCGGCUCGUCGACGAUAUCAUGUCGGGACUAGGCCAUGUUCCUCCUCUGCACAUGACACGAUCGGCAAGCUCCAAACGAGCAGAGAUGACAGAAGACGAUGCCGAAGCUUUCAGGGAUAUUGUGAAAAGACUUCAAGAUUAUACACUGCUCAAGUCCAAAAGGGUAUCCGACAACCGCAACAAAGGUUGUCCCAGUGCCCCUUCGACGUUGUGCCGCGACAGCACACCUGACCGCCGCGUCUUUUCAGAGUCCCGGACUCUGAAAAAGGAGAGAAGGAAGCGAAAGCUCUUGCGACGCGCUGGAUUCCUUUGCACCCUAGCAAAUGCCGAUCGUCGAGAUGAACAACUCAAGGGUGCCAAACAACCUACCGAAUGUGCUCAGAGCGGACAAUUGACCUGUUGUCCCCACGGACUGCCGAUGCAGACAAUUCAAGACGAUGACACCAAGAAAUCGACAAAUGACUGCCUCUGCAGUGACUAUGAGAUGUCCGACUCCAAUGACGAACCGCCGAUGGAGAUUAGUCAAGACAGGGAUGGCGUUCCUCGAUCUGUGACACUGGCGACCCAUCAGGAAAAUUAG